GCGGGGCGGGAGCCUGAGCUGGGAGAAGGGAGCUCUCGAGCAGGCGGCAGGCAAGGUCUGCGUGAGGAGCAGGCGAGCGGGAAGGCGAGACGCAGCCACCUUCCUCACCAGCCAACCCACAGCGGUUUGUUCCCUUCCUCGGGAGUGCGCCAAUGCCUGGUCCGACCCAAACCCUGUCCCCAAAUGGCGAGAACAACAACGACAUCAUCCAGGAUAACGGGACCAUCAUUCCUUUCCGGAAGCACACGGUGCGCGGGGAGCGUUCCUACAGUUGGGGAAUGGCGGUCAACGUGUAUUCUACCUCGAUAACCCAAGAGACUAUGAGCAGACAUGACAUCAUUGCAUGGGUUAACGAUAUAGUAUCUUUAAACUACACAAAAGUGGAACAGCUUUGUUCAGGAGCAGCCUAUUGCCAGUUCAUGGACAUGCUCUUUCCAGGCUGCAUUAGUUUGAAGAAAGUAAAAUUUCAAGCAAAGUUGGAGCAUGAGUAUAUUCACAAUUUUAAACUUCUGCAAGCAUCAUUUAAGCGAAUGAAUGUUGAUAAGGUGAUUCCAGUGGAGAAGCUAGUGAAAGGGCGUUUCCAGGACAACCUGGAUUUCAUUCAGUGGUUUAAGAAGUUCUAUGAUGCUAACUACGAUGGGAAGGAGUAUGAUCCUGUAGAAGCACGACAAGGGCAAGAUGCAAUUCCUCCCCCCGACCCUGGCGAACAAAUCUUCAACCUGCCAAAAAAGUCUCACCAUGCAAACUCCCCCACAGCAGGUGCAGCUAAAUCAAGCCCAGCAUCCAAACCAGGAUCCACACCUUCUCGCCCCUCAUCAGCCAAAAGGGCUUCAUCCAGUGGUUCAGCAUCCAAAUCUGAUAAAGAUUUGGAAACACAGGUCAUACAGCUUAAUGAACAGGUACAUUCAUUAAAACUUGCCCUUGAGGGGGUGGAGAAGGAAAGGGAUUUCUACUUCGGAAAAUUGAGAGAGAUCGAGCUCCUCUGCCAAGAGCAGGGGCAGGAAAACGACGACCUUGUGCAGCGACUAAUGGAAGUCCUCUAUGCCUCAGACGAGCACGAGGGCCACCCGGAAGAGCCCGAAGCAGAAGAACAAGUGCACGAACAGCAGCCCCAGCAGCAGGAAGAGUACUGACCCGUCUUGGCAGCUCUUGACACUCCAUUUUGCGUGGGAACUUUUCUUCUGGAGAAUCGGAACACGUGUGGCCUCAAGCUCAACAGAAACCAGUUGUUCCCAGUCUGCCGGUAACAUCAACGCACUGUCGCAUACAAA